CUCCUUGCUCGAAUUGAGCGUAUGGAAAGGAGGAUGCAACUGGCGAAGAAGGACAACGAACGUGAGAAAUGCAAAAUAUUUCAAGGGUAUGAAAGAGAGAAGGUUGACCCUGAAGUACCAGAGAAGCUGCCUAUUUGGUGACUGCACAAUUGAAGGCUUCAACUCCAUCAAAAGGACCUGUGUGCCAUUCAAAGGACAAAGGCUCCUGCAGUGAAAUAGAAGAUUUGCCAUAUCUUUCCACCACUGAAAUGUACUUGUGUCGCUGGCACCAGCCAGCCCCUUCCCUGUUGCAAGAGCCUUCUCCCAAGAAGGAGGAGACUGUAGCAAUUCCAUCAUGGAGGGACCACACAGUAGAGCCCCUGAGACAACUGAAUCCUCCUGAACUUUUAGAGAACUUAGAAGACAACGUCUUCUCCAAACGACAUGCAAAGUUGGAGUUGGAUGAGAAAAGGAGGAAAAGGUGGGAUAUUCAGCGUAUCCGGGAACAAAGAAUCUUACAACGACUGCAACUUAGAAUGUAUAAAAAAACAGGAAUUCAGGAAUCUGAACCUGAAGUUGCCUCAUUUUUCCCAGAGUCAGAUGAUGUUGAAAGUUUGCUGAUCACCCCAUAUUUGCCUGUUGUAGCAUUUGGUCGACCAUUACCAAAAUUAACCACACAGAACUUUGAACUGCCAUGGCUGGAUGAACGAAGUCGUUGCCGGCUAGAGAUGCAGGAAAAAAAGACACCUCAUCGAAUGUGCAGGAAAUAAGCAUGUCAAACUAGGAGAAAUCUGUCUUGAUGGUUGGCCUGUGCUACAUUUGCUACAAAUGGCAGAAAACUAUAUAUGUUUUGUUAUGUCACUUUCUUCUACCAUCCUCCAUGAUGUACACUGUUGUCCACUAUAAAUAUUUUUAUGCUUAUGCUUUUUUUUUCUUUUUCCCCUGGAAUUUUUUUCACUUUUUUUUCUUUUGCUUGAUAGAAAGUAUUGGAGGCUUGUGUUGAGAGAAUAAAGUUAGCAAUUUAUGGUA